AUGGAAGUUAAGGAUCAGAUCCACGUAUUCUUUUCAGAAGAUAGUUCUCAUUCACAAAGGGGCAAAAUCUACACGAUGUUUGAAGAUGUAUGGUUGCAGAUGCUCGAUCAUGGUUAUGAUCCUUGUCAGAGGGGUCAAAAAAUUCCAAGUUUACAACAUAAAGAGGCACAAAAAUUCCCAUAG